AUGACAAAACUAGUUCACUUUAUGAUAGAUAUUUCAAGAGAACCUCAAAUCACUGAUUAUGCUCCCAAAUCCUACAUUGAAUCGAUGAAAAGAUGUUGGGACCAUGAUCCAAAGAAUAGGCCAACCGCUAACGGAAUUAAGUAUCGUAUUAAAGAACAUCAUUUUUUUAAAGUAAUCAAAGAAAAACAAGAAAUCAUUAGAUUAGCAGAAACUAAACGACAAGAAAUCAUCAAUUCAGACAAGUUUCUGUCGGAUACAAAGAAUUAUGAAUCAUUCUAUAUAACUCGUCUACUAUAUGAAUCAAUUUAG